AUGUUUUUCCUAUUCGUAGUAUUUCUAUUUUACUACUUUAGUACCGAUGAGACUGUCACUGGCAAGCACCAAACACCUCCAUCUUCAGAUGUCAUCCUCAAUGUCCAGUCUUUGAAUUUUUACUUUUUCAGUACCAAUGGAAGUGUGGCCCGCCGAGUAUUGGUAGACCAUGAUAAGGUCGAUGAAAAUGGCAGUAAAUUGGGCCAAGGUGACUUAAAGUUCGCUGAUAUUGAGAAUGGUAGGAUAUCUUUGACUUCUAUUGAUAAUAGUACUAAGAAAAGCUUUUUUUGAGUACCAAUGAUAAAAAAGUACAAAUUUAGGCACCACCAGCUAUAUUGAUGACACUGACACUAAUAAUGACAACAAUAAUAUGACUUCCACCAUCAAUGAUGUCAGUAAACAAAAUCAUACUGUAGGUAACCAUACCGAUGUAAAUGCAAGUGGAAUAAUGAAGAUUCUUAACUUCUACAAAAGUCUACGUGGUUCUUCCGAAGAAAAUGAUCUUAUCGACCAGGAUUAUACAGAAAAUUCAAUUAUUAGUUCAACAGCACAACCUACUACAAUAUCAACAUAA